GGCGGCCUUCGUGGCCGGGAUGCCACUGUGUGCCAUGCCAGUCCACAGUGGACGGUGAGGGGCAGGAGGAGGGCACCGAGUGUAGGAGACUGAGAGGGGGUGGCCCGAAUCAAACGGGAGAAAUGAACCUCUGCUGGAAUGAGAUCAAACGCAAAUCGCACAAUAUCCGGGUGCGGCUAGAGGCUUUCUCCGACAACAGCGGGAAGCUGCAGCUCUCCCUGCAGGAGAUCAUAGAAUGGCUGACGGCCAAGGACGAGGAGCUGUCGGAGCAGCUGCCCAUAGGAGGUGAUGUGGGAGCUGUCCAGCACCAGAGGGAGUUCCACCAGGCAUUCAUGGAGGAUGUCAAGUCCCGUGGGCCGUUUAUCUACUCUGUCUUGGAGUCUGCCCAGGCAUUUCUGGCUCAGCACCCCUUCCAGGAGCCCGAGGAGACCCUGACCGAUGGAAAAGAGGUGUCUCCACGCCGGCGGAUCUUGAAUGUGAGCCGCUCUGUGUGGAAGCAGGCGAACGUAGCCAGUGACCUGUGGGAGAAACUGACAGCACGUUGUGUGGACCGCCACAGACACAUGGAAAGGACUUUGGAGCGUCUUCUUCAGAUCCAGGCUGCAAUGGAAGAGCUUGCAGGGGCCUUGGAGCAGGCAGAGGGGGUGAGGGACGCCUGGGAGCCUGUUGGAGACCUCUUCAUUGACUCUCUACAGGACCACAUAGAUGCUACCAAGUUAUUUAAGGAGGAACUGACCCAGGUGAAAGAGGGCAUGAAGCACAUCAAUGAUCUAGCCCACCAGCUGGCAAUCUCUGACGUCCAUUUAUCGAUGGAGAACGCCCGUGCUCUGGAGCAUCUCAACAGCAGAUGGAAAGUGCUUCAGGGCUCCAUAGAGGAGCGGCUGAAGCAGCUCCAGGAUGCACAUAGAGACUUUGGCCCCGGAUCGCAGCACUUCCUUUCCAGUUCGGUGCAGAUACCGUGGGAGCGUGCUAUCUCCCCAAACAAAGUGCCCUACUACAUCAACCAUCAGGCCCAGACGACAUGCUGGGACCAUCCAAAGAUGACAGAACUGUAUCAAGCGUUGGCGGAUCUGAACAACAUCAAAUUCUCAGCAUACAGAACAGCAAUGAAGCUGCGGCGGGUUCAGAAGGCUCUGAGACUGGAUUUAGUGGCACUGAGUAGCCUCGUGGAGAUGUUCCGGGAGCAGGAGCUGCAGCAGGCAGAUCAUGUGAUGGAUGUGGUUGAGGUGAUUCAUGGUCUGACGGCUUUGUAUGAGAAGCUGGAGGAAGAGAGGUCCGUCCUGGUUAACAUUCCACUUUGUGUUGAUAUGUGUCUCAACUGGCUGCUCAACGUCUAUGACAGUGCUCGAAAUGGCAAAAUGCGAGUUCUCAGCUUCAAGAUGGGUUUGGUGACCUUGUGCAAUGCAGACGUCCAAGAGAAAUACAAAUACUUAUUCCGCCAGGUGUCUGGUCCAGGAGGUUUAACAGACCAGCGUCACCUCAGCCUGCUGCUCCACGAAGCCAUUCAGAUCCCCCGCCAGUUGGGUGAAGUUGCUGCUUUUGGGGGCAGCAAUGUGGAGCCAAGUGUCCGUAGCUGCUUCCGCAUGGCCCCAGGAAAACCUGCUAUUGAGGUGUCUCACUUCCUGGAGUGGAUGAGCCUUGAGCCGCAGUCCAUGGUUUGGCUGCCUGUGCUUCACCGAGUGGCUGCUGCAGAGUCGACAAAGCACCAGGCCAAAUGCUACGUCUGCAAACAAUGUCCCAUAAAGGGCUUCAGGUAUCGCAGUCUGAAGCAGUUCAAUGUGGACAUCUGCCAGACAUGUUUUCUAACCGGGCGCACAACCAAGGGAAAGAAGCUGCACUACCCCAUCAUGGAGUACUAUACACCAACAACCUCAGGAGAAAAGAUGAGGGACUUCGCCAAGACUCUGAAGAACAAGUUCAGAUCAAAGCAGUACUUCACGAAGCACCCGCAGAGAGGUUACCUGCCAGUGCAGUCAGUGCUGGAAGCUGAUACCUCAGAGACGUGA